AUGCUUUUAUUCAGCACAUAUUCAUACGCCAUAUUCAGGUACUCCAUUCGUAAUUCCGGGCACAGCGACACGCUUUUCACAAUAUCAUUCGUGCAAUUACAACUGACUGUGUCCGUGAAUAUUGUCAUCAUCAUCGCUCCCAAGUUCUACUUGGUAUCUGGGGAGUCCACGCGACGUGCGAUGACGCUAGGCGGACACUCAGGCAGAGCACAUCCCUCAUUAGCGAAGUUGAGAGACAACAUUCUAAAUGGGACAAUUGACUUCGCUGAAGUUCCCAUAGCUGAUAUGAAUCCAGAAGACAUACGAGCUGAACUCAAGCGCGUGUAUACCCAAUUGCGGAUGUACAAACUGAAGAACUUGUACCAGGACAACCCACACAUUUCGAAAAAACGUGGUGGGAAAAAGUGGAGUGACAAAACGGGAAAAGUUCGUUUCACGCGUAGAAUAUCCAUGCCAGGAAGCUCUCCGCAAGGUACGAAGCCUCGGAUUGAGGAGGACGAGAAGAGCGACCUCACAGUCGAAUCCGCUCCUCAUAAUGUCUACCUUAGCGCAUAUAAACUUCAGCUGGAGCCGAACCACUCCGUGCGGGUCUAA